GAAGGGUGCUUGAUAGUCGCAGUUGAAAAGGUUCUUUCUAAAUACUACGAAUAUGCAGUGGCUAAUUUGGUGCAUGCUAUUUACCGUUUUUCGAUCGGGAAGUUCUGUUUUGGUGAAUAAAACUCAGUUGGAUGCUUUAGACCGUGUACAUCUCCGGCAGGCCAGAUACUUUCCAUUCUAUACGAUCGGACGAAUAGCGAACGUUCCUUGUGUGGCAACCAACGGAUUGACCGGCACUUGCCUGAUACGUGGCGAGUGCGCUGACAACACUGGGAUAUUCGGUGGAAGUUGCAGUACCAACACUAAUCAGGCGACCUGUUGUUUAUUCAGUCGAACAUGUGGUGGAUCAACCAAUCUAAACAGUACUUACUUCACGAAUGUUGGCUACCCGGGGUCCUUUAAUGGAGGUGGGACGUGUACAUUCACUAUCACGCCUUGUAGUGCAUCGGUUUGUCAGUUGCGAAUUGAUUUCCAAUCGCUAGCUUUGGCGCAACCAGAUGGUGAUGGAAAUUGUAUCACCGAUGUUCUCUCAGUCACCGGUGGAAGCUCCGAAGUGCCAUUAAUUUGCGGUGAUAACACAGGCCAACACGUGUACGUUAAUUUCGAUAGUUUGAAUCCAAUCACUAUCAGAAUUGCAACAACAGCUUCAACUUCGUUCGAUCGACAGUGGAAUCUUCAAUUGUCGCAAAUUGCAUGCGCUUCCCAAUUUCGGGCUCCGGAAGGAUGUUUGCAGUACCAUUUCGGGAAUACGGGAACGAUUAGUAGCUUCAACUAUGGUAUCGGAGAAAAUCCUAACCCAAAUUCUAUUGGCUUAACAGGUUCCAGACAGAUCGCCAAUCAUCACUAUGGUAUUUGUAUAAGAGCGGGACCAGAUAAGUGCACAAUUACUUAUAGUAAGCCUACAAGCGGAGGACAGUACGCAUUUACAGUUACCAGUGAUGCAAACGGUGUCGAUCCGGCGUUGAUGGGACAAAAUAUGCUUUCUGAUAACGGGUUGGCUUGUCUUACAGAUUAUAUCGUCAUACCGAGCCCGAUUGUCACCGAUCAAGCUGUCGCUGGCAUACCAUUUUUGGAUCGAUUUUGCGGCUUGGGUUUUUAUCCGGUUACUAGUCAAGUGAAACCUUUCGUUGUGUACGUUUUUUGGGAUGCUAACGAGGAUGGGGACAUAGCAAACAGAGGCUUUCGAUUAGUCUAUACCCAAAAUGCUUGCAGUGUAGCAUAA